AUGUCUUCUCCCAAGAUCCUCAUCCUCGGUGCCGCCGGCUACAUGGGCGGCGACUUCCUCGUCGAGCUCCUCAAGACCCACCCCGCGGCCAACAUCACGACCCUCGUGCGCUCCGAGGCCCAAAUCCCGCUCCUCAAGCCCCUCGGCGUGAACGUUUACCUCGGCUCGGUCGAGGCCGACACCGUUGGCCCUCUGGCUGCGGCCCACGACGUCGUCGUCAACUUUGCCGUGCCCUUUGGCGGCGGCGACGCCGCGAUCAGCGCGAUCAUCGAGUCGCUCGAGCAGCGCGCCGCGACCCACACCAAGCCGGUCCUUAUCCACACGGUCGGUACUGGAACUGUCCUCUCCGGUACCGACGGCGAGGCGCCCACUGGCGCCAAGUGGAGCGACGACGAGCCCGAGCGCUGGGAGGCGCUCCCCGACACGGCUUACUUCCAGUCCGGCACCCGCCUCGUCGUCCGCGCCGCUGAGCGUGGCCUCAUCUCGGCCUAUGUCGUCACUUCGCCCACCGUCUACGGCGUCGGCAAGGGCCCCGGAAAGAAGGUCUCGCUCCAGGUGCCCGACUACGUCGCGUACGCGAAGGAGAACGGGCAGGCGGCCUACAUCGGCAAGGGCGAGAACGUGUGGGGUAACGUGCACGUUUCCGACCUGACCUCGCUCUACCUCGCGGUCCUCGCCCACGCGCUCCAGAACCCCGCCAAGACGGCUGGCACCGAGCGCGGCUGGUCCAACCUGGUCUACUCUGGCGUUGGCGAGCACAACUGGAAGGACGUUGUCACUGCCAUUGGCGACGCGCUCCACGCCAAGGGCGAGGUCAAGGCUGCCGGCGCGAUUUCCAUCCCGGAGGGCACCGGCAAGGGAUACAUGUUUGGCGGCAGCAGCGUGCUCGCGCAGAGCAAGAAGGCGCGCGCGCUCGGCUGGGUGCCCAAGGCCAAGGGCAUCGUCGAGACUGUCGUGGCUGACAUCGAGGCCUGA